UAAACAGAAAAAUGAAGACAAAAAUACAGCUGAUAAGAAACACACAUACAAAAAGCUAAAUCUAACUGCGUAACAUUUGUUAAGUCUUAAUCAACUUUUCGUUUGUUCAUCUCGAUGUCAAACACAGUCAAAAUUCUCAGUCGAACAGUCGCCCAGAUCAUCAAAACCAGCAGCAAGAGCAGAAACAAACAGCAGCUGCGCAUGAUGUCAGCCCUACCGAGUGGCGGUCUAGCAAUUGGAGGCCCCAACAUUGUGGCCGUUGGGCAGAUGUGCUCUACGAACGAUAAAGCCGCCAAUUUACAGCAAGUGGAGGAACUUGUAUUGCUCGCUGCUAACAGAAGAGCUAAAAUGCUUUUCCUGCCGGAAUGCUGCGAUUUUGUUGGUGAGAAUCGCACCGAAACGUUUCAGCUGGUCGAACCGCUGGACGGCCCGCUGAUGGCAAAAUACAAGGAGCUGGCCAAAUGCCAUCAGAUGUGGCUAUCUUUGGGCGGCAUACACGAGUUAAAGACACCAACAUCAUCAUCAGAUGAUAAAACGGAACAAAGGAUAUAUAAUACGCACGUAGUGCUUAACAAUCUGGGUGAAGUGGCGGCCAUUUAUCGCAAGUUGCAUCUCUUCGACGCGACUACGAAAGAGAUACGUCUGCGCGAGUCGGAUACCGUGGCACCGGGUGAGCGUUUAGAGAAGCCAGUGGCUACGCCGGCCGGCCAGGUGGGCCUGCAGAUUUGCUACGAUCUGCGCUUUGCAGAGCCCGCACUGCUGCUCCGAAAACUAGGCGCCCAAUUGCUUACCUAUCCAGCUGCCUUUACCUAUGCGACGGGCAAAGCCCAUUGGGAGAUUCUACUCCGUGCUCGUGCCAUUGAAACGCAGUGCUUUGUUGUCGCUGCAGCACAGCAGGGCUGGCAUAAUAAGAAACGCCAGAGCUGGGGUCACGGCAUGAUCAUCAGUCCAUGGGGCACCAUUCUCGCGGAUUGUGGCGGCGACGAAAAGCUAGCCGUGGGCACAGCCGAGGUGGAUUUGUCGCAACUGGCCAAGAUAUAUCAAAGCAUGCCUUGCUUUGAGCAUAGACGCAAUGACAUAUACAGUUUGACGGGCUACAAUUUGAGUGCACAGGAAUGUGGACAGGAUCGUGCCUUUGCUCACAACACCGUAGAUAAGCGAACCAUAUUCUACGAAUCCGAGCACUGUUGGGCCUUCACCAAUUUACGCUGCGUCGUCAAGGGUCAUGUGCUGGUCUCUACGAAACGGAUUACGCCACGUCUUAAUGGACUCAACUGUGCGGAGGUGACGGAUUUAUUUGCCACUGUUUGCAUGGUGCAGCGGAUGCUGGAGUCAAUUUAUGGCACCACUUCGGCCACUGUCACCGUGCAAGAUGGCGAAAAUGCCGGUCAGACAGUGCCUCACGUUCACUUCCAUGUUAUGCCUCGUCGCAAUGGCGACUUUGGCCAUAACGAUCAAAUCUAUGUGAAACUGGACGAUCGAGCUGAGAAUUUGCCACCACGCACGCUUCAGGAGCGUAUUGACGAAGCAAAAAUCUAUCGUGAUUUUCUGCGUUGCAUUAAAUGAGCUCCCUAAUCCUUUUCUUAUACGUGUCCUUGUGCUUGUCAAUAAAAGACCGUUUUUAUAAGGUGCACCACCUAGCUUAAACACAAGUCU